AUGGCGGCCACCACCGUCGGCAACUUCAGCUUUGGCGCCCUGAUCAGCUACAUCUACCAGUGGAUCCAGAUCGUGAUCGCCUACGUCUUUGCUCCCAAGCUUCCGCAGCAGCAGGUCAAGCAGAAACCUCUCGGCCAUGUUGCUGUGAUUGGUGCCGGCAUCACCGGUAUCUCGACCGCUUCCCACCUCAUCGGCCACGGCUUUGAAGUGACCAUCUUCGACCAGGCCGACGAGAUCGGCGGCAUCUGGUCGCGCGUCAACUCCACCUCGGGCCUGCAGAUCAGCUCCAUCAUGUACCGCUUCCACCCUGCCGUCAAGUGGACCAAAGGCUACCCGCACCGCGACGAAAUCCUCAAGAACACACAGAAGAUCUGGAAGAUGUACGAGCUCGACCAGCGCACUCGCCUCGGCUUCAAGGUCGAAAAGGUGACCAGGCACUCUUCCUCGACCGACCCGCACGAGCAGGGCCAUGCUCGAUGGGUCAUCAAUGGCAACGAGAACGAGGUCUUUGAUGGUAUCGUCGUCACGACGGGAACGUGCGGUAAGCCAAAGAAGAUGGACCUGCCUGGCGAGGAGAAGUUCAAGGGCAAGAUCGUCCAUUCCUCGCAGCUCGACGGCCUCGACUGCAAGGGCAAGAAGGUGCUCGUCGUUGGUGGCGGUGCGAGUGGUAUCGAGGCUCUCGAGCUCGCCGUCAACCAAGGCGCAGACCAUCCUACCAUCCUGGCUCGAAGCGACAAGUGGAUCAUUCCGCGCAACACGGUGGUCAAUUGCCUCCUCGCCUUGCAGCCGCUUGGACGCGAGACGUGGCUCUCGGUGGUUCCCGAGUUCUUGCUCAAGAAGCUGCACUACCGCGACCUCGAAGAGAAGAUGGCCCCGACCCAGGGCUUCUACACUGGCACUCCCAUCGUCAACACCACCGCUCUCAACGACAUCCGCCACGGCAUCGCCGACUACCAGCGCGGCGACGUGAUCGACCUGGACGAGGCAGGCAUCCAGUUCAACAUGCGCAAGCGAGGCCAGAAGAAGGGCGACGAUGGUAAAAAGGUGCACCUGGAUGCUGACAUCAUCGUCGUUGCUACCGGCUUCGAGGUGCCGUCGAUCGACUUCCUGCCCGAGGACUUGUUCCCAGAAGAUUACGUUCGACCCAACAUGUAUCUGCAGGUCUUCCCGAUCGAGGACUGCUCCGUUCUCUGCACCAACUCGACGUUCCGCAACGCUGUCGGCACAGUCGGGCACAUCCACAUCGGCAUUAUGGCACGCACGCUUAUGCUCUUUUUGAUGGACAAGUCUACGCGACCCAGGCCGCGCGACAUGCGGCUCUGGGUGGACCUGAUCCACUACAUCAAAGAGCGUGCUCCAGGCGGCCAGCUCGACUUCUUCACGUACAUGGAGCUGUGCAUCUGGCUCGUCUCGUUCCUCUUCUUCCGCUUCAAGCGUCUCUACUACUUCUUCUUUGUCACCUUUGGGUGGGGAUUCUGGUCCAGGGAAGGCAAGGUCGACAAGUCCGGCACGCUUGUUGGCAAGCCAAAAUUCCAUCUGAGCAUCAGUAAGCUGAUUGGCAAGGGCCCCUCGGCGGCGUUCCUCAAGAACAAUUGA